CCCCCUUCUCUAACUCCUUCCUUCAGCAAACCCUAGCCUCCACCAAUAGUUGUCGCCAUCUGUUGGAUGAGAGACUGCUGCCGCCGUCCAUCCCACUCAAGAACUUCCGUCUUCGUGCUCUCGGGCCUCUCGCCGGAUCCUCCACGUCGGGUGCUCGCAUCUCGCCGUUCUCCUCUGUGCUCGGCUGCUCGCGCCUCCCUCCGCCAGUGAGUGCUCGAGCUGUGCGUGUUGGUUGCUGCUCGUCGUCCGUGGUUGUCUCUGCUCGAUUCUGCCUCCCAGUCUCACUCGAGCCUCGUCUCAGUCACUGGCAUCUCGUGGUUCGUCUGUCUCGUCGCCGGCGGCAGAAGCAACUCGUGGGGUUGUCUCUUGCUUAGUCGCCUUCCGUGGGGUGGUCGCCGACUCGCCGUCGACCGUUGUGAACCAGUAACUAGAGCGGUUCGAUGACCGGUUCAGUUUUCAGAACCUUGGGCAGAAGCAUCAGUUCUCUACUUCUCUUUGAAGACUUCUACUCACUCCCAAGUCCCAACCCUAACUUUCUCAGUCUCUCUUCAACCUUCUUCCUCCAAAGUACAAACACCACCGUCACCUCCAACAAACGCCGGAGCAAAGCAUCACCGUCGCGGGUCGAAGGUCACCGUCGUGUCCGGGUCGAAGGUCGCCGUCGCGAAUCGAGGUCGAAGGCCACCGUCGCGGGUCGAAGCAUCACCGUGUUGGCGUCGUCUGGUCAUCGGCUUGGCGUCGUCGUGGUCGUCAGCUUGUUGUCGGCACUGAACUGUCACCGUCACCGAAGCGUGGGUCGACGUCUGGCUCUGACAGUCUGACCUUCUAUGCUCUCGGCCUCUCCCGCGGUUGCUGUCAUUUUGAAUUUAGAUGGAACAGCCACAAAAUGAUAAGCAACUACAACAUAAUUCUCUGGGCAUCUUCAAGGCUAGAAAUUAUGGAAUUAGCCCUCUCUAGUUGCUUGUUGAGAACCAUUGUAUUUUGAUUGACUUCAUUUAGUGAUUUUGUUCAGGUUCACUUUUCUUUUCAAUUUGAAUUAAUCCUUUUAAAAUAAUUUUGUUAAUUUUUUGUGGUACUUGUUAAUUUUGUUGAUUGUUAAUUGUUGAUUUAAUUGUCUAAUUGUUUGGAUUCUGAAUUCGUUUUUUGAACUUUUGAUGCCGAAUGUAAUUGAUAAUUUUCUGUUUUGAACUUUUGGUGCUGCAUGUAUUCUUUGCUUCUUGAUGUGAUUAGAAAUUCUGUAAAUCUGUUCAACAAUCAAUAUUUAGUCAUUGACUGUAACUGUAUUUAAUUUGUGUAAAUUUGUGUUUGUAAAUUGUUGUUACUAAUUAGAAAUUUUUAUUUUUGAAGAUAGAACAACUAGAUAGUGAUCAAGCAUUACAUAUAUUAAUUUUUAAUAAUUUUAUUUAAUAUUAAUUAAACCGGUUGAAUCCUGGUUGAACUCCGGUCGGACCAUUGAACCAGUGAACCAGUUGCCUUACCGGUUCAUUGACCGAUCCGGUUCUCGCAACCUUGCAAAUUACUCCUUUAUCACGAUUACUAAACAUCGAGAGCCACCGUAGUCCUUCAUGUUUUCGGCCUUGGAUCCACAACUGAAGACCUCGUCACUGUCAUUAACCUCCACACCGCUGCCACUAGCCUCCUCUAGCUUUAUGAACCGAUUAUAAGUGAGCAAGAGCAGGUGCAGACAUCUUCUACUUUAUAAACUGACCUAGACAUCAGAGCUGUUCAUUUCAGAUCUCUUUUUCUUCAUUUUUCUCACAUCCAACACACACCUUCUCUGUUCCACUUCUCACUUUAAAGUUAGAUUCCAAAAAUUCGAUUACUUUUCCGCUAACAUAAAUAGAUUCCAAAUCCUUGCUUUCGAUUCGAAGGUCCAUAUACUGGUGAAUUUCACUGGCAAGCUCGACGGAACCUACUCGACGGUGGCGAAUACCGUCAUGGAGACCUUUAACAAAAUCUUCGCGGUAAACACUUGGGGGCAUGUUCCUGUGCUGUAGAGGAGCAAAGAAUAGAAUGAAGUGUGGCGGCAGAAGGGGAUCUAAUCCAGUUGAUGUUGCUGGUGACGGCACUGCGGACAUGAGGCGGUAGUGAAUGUAUGAUUGCUUGAAGCAACGGAGCAGCCUUUCAAGUUUCAGCAGAUUGAUGAGUUGGAAUUUGUAUAAGACAAUUUUGUGGCCCGAAAGUAAUGAGGUUUCAUUGGGUUUAAGGUCGGGUAAGAGUCUCAAAAAUAGACCUGGUCAAUAUUUAGGGCCUGGUUUGGGUCAGGACAAAUCCAGUUUCACCCGUCCCAUGACUCCCCUAUCUUCAAAUGUACAACAGAAACCUUCGCUCUGCGUGCACCAGAACUCUCUCACAUGUUACAGCUUCAACUUCCAAAUUUAUUGUGCACGCUGAUAAUUACAAUUAUGCCAUCCCAAAACCCUGCUUUCCAAACGCACAACAACAUCCAGAGCCUCUCACAAUCCAAUUGGAGUCUCUGUUCCGUUCUUGUUCUGAUUCCUCUCUGCUUCCACAGGUCAAGCAAAUUCAUGCUCGGGUUGCUGUUUGUGGAAUGAGUGAUAUCAAUGUGUUGGGUUCAAGAAUUGCAGGGUUGUAUGUUCUUUGUGGUAGCAUCAGGGAUGCUAGGAACUUGUUUUUCAGGCUUGAGUUGGGCUAUGCACUUCCCUGGAAUUGGAUGAUAAGAGGGUUUGUGAUGUUGGGGUGGCAUGAUUUUGCAUUGUUGUUUUACUUCAUGAUGUUGGGUAGUGGAGUCUCACCUGAUAAAUACACUUUCCCUUACAUUAUAAAAGCUUGUGGUGGUUCAAAUAAUGUUGCAUUGGCUAAGAUGGUGCAUAACACAAUUCGGCCAUUAGGGAUCGAUGUGGACUUGUUUGUUGGUAGUGCCUUGAUCAAGUUGUAUGCAGAUAAUGGGUGUAUUUGUGAUGCAAGGCAAGUGUUCGAUGAAUUGUCUGUAAGAGACUGCGUUUUGUGGAAUGUCAUGCUAAAUGGUUAUGUAACUAGCGGUGAUUUUAACAAUGCAAUAGAAACUUUUCAGGAAAUGAGGAAUUGUUAUAUCAAGCCCAAUUCAGUAACUUUUACUUGUAUGUUAUCAUUAUGCUCUACAAGAGGGAUGUUUUAUGUUGGUACUCAGCUUCAUGGUCUUGUUAUUCGUAGUGGGUUCCAGCAUGAUUCGCAGGUAGCAAACACGCUACUUUCCAUGUAUUCCAAAUGUGGUAACCUUGUUGAUGCACGUAGGUUAUUUGAUUCAAUGACACAGACUGAUACAGUUACUUGGAAUGGGUUGAUUGCUGGAUAUGUGCAAAAUGGAUUGGCAGAUGAGGCCUUAACUUUAUUUAAUGCAAUGAUCUCUGCUAGUGUCAAACCAGAUUCGAUCACUUUCGCAAGUUUCCUUCCUUCUAUUGUUGAAUCUGGUAGUAGUAGUACCAAACAUUGUAAAGAAAUUCAUGGUUAUAUAGUCCGGCACAGGAUUCCUUUUGAUGUUUAUUUAAAGAAUUCACUUAUUGACGUAUACUUAAAGAAUAGGGACGUGGAUACGGCAUGCAAGAUUUUCCAGCAGAAUACUUCAGUUGAUGUUGCAGUUUGUACAGCUAUGAUCUCGGGCUAUGUACUUAAUGGUCUGUAUAUUGAUGCUAUAGAUUUUUUUAGGUGGUUAGUUCAGGAGGGAAUGGUGCCUAAUUGCCUGACCAUGGCUGCUGUUUUGCCGGCAUGUGCUGCUUCGGCUUCUCUGAGAUUAGGGAAAGAAUUACAUUGUGACAUUCUGAAAAAUCAACUUGAUAGUGUGCUUCAUGUGGGGUCUGCCAUCACAGAUAUGUAUUCAAAAUGUGGAAGACUAGAUCUUGCAUAUCAAUUUUUCAGAAGGAUGCCUGAAAGAGAUAGCGUAUGUUGGAACUCAAUGAUUGCAAGCUUCUCACAGAAUGGUAAACCAGAAAUGGCUAUUAAUAUUUUUCGUGGAAUGGGAAGGAGUGGAACCAAGUUUGAUUCCGUGAGCCUAUCAUCUGCACUUUCUGCGUGUGCAAAUAUACCGGCACUCUAUUCUGGGAAAGAGAUGCACGGCUUUGUGAUAAGAAAUGCAUUUACUUCUGACACUAUUGUUGCAAGUGCACUGAUAGACAUGUAUUCUAAAUGUGGAAAAUUAGCCAUGGCUCAGUAUGUGUUUGACCUGAUGUACUGGAGGAAUGAAAUUUCAUGGAAUAGCAUCAUUGCUGCAUAUGGAAACCAUGGUCACCCCAGGGAAUGUCUCCAUCUAUUCCAUGAAAUGUUAAAAGCCGGGAUUCACCCGGAUCACGUUACUUUCCUUGUUAUAAUAUCUGCUUGUGCUCAUGCUGGCCUAGUUGAUGAAGGCAUAUCAUAUUUCCGUUGCAUGACUGAAAGUUAUGGGAUUUGUGCUAAGAUGGAGCACUAUGCAUGCAUGGUAGAUUUGUAUGGUCGAGCUGGUCGUUUGCACGAGGCAUUCAAUACUAUAAAGAGCAUGCCGCUUGCUCCGGACGCAGGUGUUUGGGGGACAUUACUAGGAGCUUGUCGGGUUCAUGGCAAUGUUGAGUUGGCCAGACUAGCUUCCGAACAUCUUCUGGAGUUAGACCCCCAAAAUUCGGGGUACUAUGUAUUGCUUUCGAAUAUACAUGCCGGUGCAGGGGAGUGGUCAGAUGUUCUUAAGAUUCGAAGUCGAAUGAAGGAAAAAGGAGUUCAGAAAAUAUGCGGAUACAGCUGGAUUGAUGUGAACGGCAGCACCCAUAUGUUUUUUGCUGCUGAUGGUAGUCACCCACAAUCUUUUGAGAUCUAUUUGAUUCUGGAGAGUCUUCUCCUUGAGUUAAAAAAACAGGGUUAUGUUCCUCAACCAUACCUUCCACGGCAUCCACAAGUCGUUGUAAAAACUUGAAUGGAAACAACCAAUGUCUAUAUUCCAAGCAUCACCAAGAGCAAAAGUUUUGUUCUAUGUAAUCCAUAUUAUUAUAAAAAUGGUGUACACUAAAUAUUAGCCACCAAUUUUGUAUUCUUUCAAUGCUGAUAAUGGAAAACUAAAACUAGUGAUCAUCAAUUCAAUUUUUUUGUAGUCCCAAAUUUGGACUAAUUUGUAUUCUUUCAUGCUGAUAUUUGAAAAUUGAAACUAGUGAUCAUCAAUUCAA